CUCGGUGCGUGUGAAAGUGGUGUUGGUCGUGUGUCAAGAACGUUUCUUCACAAUUUAGAUUGUGCCCAAUAUCGACGAUCGAGCUGCUGUUCAGUGUGUGAGGGCAUCCUUCCAAGUUUCUUCUCAGUCACUAUGGCGCCGGACCGUGCCGAGGGGCGCCGGUCCGGGCAACAGCGCCGAGCCGCUCCGCGCCGUGUCGCAGUUGGAGCGGAGACGCCAGACGAAGCAAACCGUAGCUAUGUGACGCGAAAUGCCCGCCACUUCAGCCACUUCCAGCCCGGGACCGUCCGCCACAACGGCGGGGCCCAGGCCUGGGGGCGGUGCCGCCCCAGGCGGCAGUGGGAAGGGCCUCAAAUCGCAGGUGAAGCCGUUCACACGAGAGUCCCUGGAACGCAUGGAAAACAAGACGGUGCAGUUGGUGAAGGAAUAUGGGUUCCAGCCGCGCAGGAAACUCAGUGUGGAGGACGGCUCCGUGCUUCCCGGCAAGUUCGAGCCUUUCCCCAGCCGCUUGUAUGGGCGCCCCCUCGAGGAGAUCGACAACUUCAUCUACGAUGAGACGUUCUGCGUGGUGUCGAAGCGGUUCCGCAAGAACUACAUUCACCGCUUCACUGCAACCAACUCGUUCUUCAUGUUCUCACCAUGGAAUGCUGUCCGCCGUACCUGCAUCUUCCUGUCAACAAACCAGUACUUCGACUACGUUGUCAUGAUAACCAUCCUGCUCAACUGCGUCUUCCUGGCCAUGUCUGAUACCGUGGAGGAAGCCGAAUACAUAUUCCUCGCAAUCUACACAGCGGAGAUGAUAAUCAAGUCGAUUGCCAAGGGCUUUAUUCUUAACAAGUAUACGUACCUGAGGAAUCCCUGGAACUGGCUCGACUUUGUUGUUAUCACGUCAGGUUAUGCCACUAUCGGCAUGGAUGUUGGCAACCUGGCUGGGCUGCGGACCUUCCGUGUACUGCGAGCCCUCAAGACUGUUUCUAUCAUGCCAGGUCUGAAGACCAUCAUUAAUGCACUGCUGCAUUCGUUCAAGCAGUUGGCCGAAGUUAUGACGCUCACCAUCUUCUGUCUCAUGGUCUUCGCACUAUUUGCUCUCCAGGUGUACAUGGGCGAACUCAGGAAUAAGUGUGUGCGGCGCCUAGAAGAUGCCAAUGCCACAGCGCUUGAGUGGGUCGAAUGGGUGCAUGACCCGGAGAACUGGCUCAAAAGUGAGGAAGAUGAGGAGCCCGUAAUAUGCGGCAAUGUCACGGGUGCAAGGCAUUGUCCGUUGGAGUUCUUCUGCCUCCAGGUGGGUGAGAAUCCAAACCAUGGCUACACCAACUUUGAUAACUUCCUCUGGUCCAUGUUGACAACAUUCCAGCUCAUCACCCUCGACUACUGGGAGAAUGUGUACAACAUGGUACUCUCAUCUUGUGGCCCAAUCAGUGUAGUGUUUUUUACAGUCGUCGUGUUUUUUGGUUCGUUUUACUUAAUCAACCUGAUGUUGGCUGUGGUAGCGUUAAGUUAUGAAGAAGAGGCAGAGAUUACGCAAGAGGAACGGAGGAAGGAUCUCACAGAUCACAGAGAUGAUUCCACGUUCAGCUUCGAUCCAUCGAAGAUAAACGUUAAACAGCUGGAUAAACACAAGCGGAAGAGGGUCGACUCAAGAAAGGGAGUGUUGCUGGCAUCCUACACUAGGAAGAAGACGCGGCGAAGGAAGCGGGGGCGGGGUGGGGGGUGUGGCUCAGGGGACAACAACACUGGGGUGCAAAGCCAGAGUCAGGGUCAGCAGGGACAUAGUAGGUCAGCCACACCAAGCCCCCGGCACAGUAGCAGUGCCCCCUGCCCUGAGCAGCGGCCGCAGUCUCUCACCCUCACACCUCCACCUCAAGCCAAAGGCCCAGCAACACCCCAGCCACCAGCUACAUGUAGCGAACAUGCUGCUGACACUCUUCAUCCAGCAAAUGCUUUGGCUCCAGGGCCCCCACACAGAGGGCAGUUGCUGACAAGCCGACACCCCAGCAGCAACAACAGUGACAACAAUAACCGUGAGUCAUCUCUUGAUGACUCGGGUGUGGUGGAUGACCAUGAGGAGGGAGACGUCACAUCAGAAGACGUUACUCAGAUCCCAAAUGUUGUUCAAAGAAUGGAACCUGUCACUGUGGCCUUAAGCUCAAAAGAGAUCCGUGUCAUCAAGUGCAACGGAGUCAGUCCGGGCCAAGGGACACAGAAACACAUGUACACGCUUCCCUCUGACUAUCUAUCCCACAUUGUGGUGCUGGAUGACCUGCCAGACAGGAACUGUGAUAAGUGCACUCAGUGCUGCGUGGACUAUGAUGGCUGGCUGCGGUUCCAGAGUGGACUGUACAAGGUGGUACGCGACCCACUGUUUGACUUGCUCAUCACACUGUGUAUCAUCCUGAACACGAUGUUCCUCGCAAUGGAACACCAUGGUAUGAGUGGGUCAGUACGACAGGCACUGGACAUAGGCAAUAAAGUGUUCACAUCCAUCUUCACAUUGGAGUGCUUCCUCAAAAUUCUGGCUCUCAGCAAAGAAUAUUUUGCUUGUGGCUGGAAUAUUUUUGAUCUUAUUAUUGUGUCAGCAAGUUUGCUGGACCUGUCUUUUGAGUUAAUGGACAGUCUUGUGGUUCUCCGGUGUUUGCGUUUGCUGCGGGUCCUGAAAUUGGCGCGGUCCUGGACCACAAUGAAAGUUCUCCUUAGUAUCAUCAUUUCCACAAUUGGUGCUCUUGGAAAUCUCACAUUUGUACUUGUUAUUGUCAUAUACAUCUUUGCUGUGAUUGGAAUGCAGCUUUUCUCUAAAGACUACACUGCAGAAAAGUUCUAUCCUGAUCCCAUACCAAGAUGGAAUUUCAAUGACUUCUUCCAUUCGUUCAUGAUGGUGUUUCGGAUAUUGUGUGGAGAAUGGAUUGAGCCUCUGUGGGACUGCAUGAGAGCUGAGAGGAAUGCUGGUCCUGAAACAUGUUUUGCAAUCUUCCUGCCAGCUCUGGUUAUGGGGAAUUUCAUGGUCCUCAAUCUCUUCUUGGCCUUGCUCCUCAAUAGUUUCAAUUCUGAGGAGCUGAAAUCAAAGAAAGAGCCAGAUGAUGAUGAAGAUGCAGAGGCCGCUGAGUAUGUAGCCCAGCUUCAGCAGCACAUGCAGUCUGCAACCAAACUAUGCCAAAAGUGCUGGUGUCCAUAUUCCAGAAUGUCAGUGGCACCUGCUCCCCCUGUUCCACUGUUUCAUCACCGCCAUACUCUUCCUUCACACCCUCGCCAAACUUCAACACUGCCUGACGUUCCAAACCACAAUCAGAUUCCAGAGGACACCAGCAGUUCCCUCUUUCUGCACUGUCUCCAAGAGGAAGUGGGGGAAGAAUCGAAGCUGGCGCGUAGCUUUGAACGGCUUCGAUCAAUCGUGAGGAAGAAACGUCAGGGCAGAGAGAAGACACAAAAUGAACGGAACAUGCGGUUGGAAGAAAUGGUUCGAGAGGUGAUGACGCAGCAUGCAGCCGAGAAGUAUUAUAAUGCUUCUAAUGUUCAUGAGACAGUGAUUGGACAAACAGUUGAUCACAAGUGUCAUGUGGAACUGGUUCAAGAACAUUCUCAGCCAACAGAGGGGAUGGAUUAUGGUGCUGCAGGUCAGAAAGUGGAGGAUAGCAGGAACAGCAAGCCGGAAAGUAACCGACUGUCUCCGUCAUUCCCACGUGUAGUGAACAGUAUAGUGACAGGUGAGCUGGAGGAGCGGAAGUACUCGGUGAGUUGUCAUGAGGAUUUGAACAAGCACACAGAGGACAAGCGCUACUCACUCGUGCUACCCAAGUCGGUAGUCAGCAACAUGGCGGAGUCUGAAAAGGACAAGCACUCUUCACCAUCUCGUGAGGACAUCACAAGGAAAGAACCGUCAUCGGACCAGGAGGACAGCAUGCUGAGGCCUUUGGUGGGCAAACAGGUGUCCCUCAGCACUCAGCAGACGGAAAGCAAAGAUGAGACUAAUGCUGAGGAAAGUAUAGAGCUGGAGGUACUAGACAAGCCUCCAGAAGAGACAGAGACAAUGCUGCCAGAAAAGCACAGUGACACCACGAAAACCUCAAAGCAGCCCUGGCAAGCCCUGGCUUCAUAUGUUGAUGAACUAACAGUUGGAGGCCGGAGGGAUUCUCAGGGCCACUAUGUGGAUGGAAUGGGCAGCUUCCCUGGGUUUGGCCGCAACAAAUCUGUGAAAGUGCCCCAGGACUGCUUUCCACAGCACUGUUAUCAAAGGAGUGUCUGCUGUGACCAGUACCUGACCACGCCCUGUGGCCAGCGCUGGACCCAUAUUCGGACUCAGGUUUUGUCUGUAGUGGACACGCCAGUGUUCGAGUGGUUCAUCCUUGUCCUUAUUUUUGCCUCAAGCAUCACCCUCUGUUUUGAGGACAUCUACCUUGAUGAGAAUAUUGUGCUCAAAAACAUUCUGUACUGGACCAAUUUGGGGUUCUGCGCCCUCUUCAGUGUAGAGAUGAUGCUCAAGUGGCUUGCCCUUGGCUUCUGGAGGUACUUCACCAGCUUCUGGACAAUACUCGAUUUCAUCAUUGUGUUUGUUUCUAUAUUUAGUUUGCUUAUUGAGGAAAAUGAGAACCUGAAAGUGCUGAGAUCUCUUCGGACUCUGCGAGCGUUGAGGCCCCUUAGAGCCAUAUCCAGGUGGCAAGGCAUGAGGAUAGUUGUGAAUGCACUCAUGUAUGCCAUCCCCUCUAUCUUCAAUGUGCUUCUCGUGUGUCUUGUCUUCUGGCUCAUAUUUUCCAUCAUGGGUGUUCAGUUCUUCGGCGGCAAGUUCUUCAAAUGUGUGAAUGAGGAAGGAAACCUGCUGCCUGUCAUUGAUGUGGAUGAUGUAGAUGAAUGCAAACGUAAAAAUUAUUCUUGGGUGAAUUCAAAAAUCACAUUUGAUAAUGUGGGGAAUGCGUACUUAGCCCUGUUUCAAGUGGCUACAUUCGAGGGCUGGAUGGAAGUGAUGUCUGAUGCAGUAGAUGCACGAGGGGUGAACCUGCAGCCACAGAGGGAAGCAAAUCUCUACGCUUACUUGUACUUUGUCGUCUUCAUUGUGUGUGGCUCAUUCUUCACGCUUAAUCUCUUCAUUGGUGUCAUCAUUGACAACUUCAAUAUGCUCAAGAAAAAGUAUGAAGGUGGGGUGCUGGAAAUGUUCCUCACGGAGAGCCAGAAACACUAUUACACAGCCAUGAAAAAGCUCGGCAGGAAGAAGCCACAGAAGGUGAUAAAGCGGCCCAUGAACCAGGUGCUGGCAAUGUUCUAUGACCUGUCAAAUUCCAGAAGGUUUGAAAUUGCAAUCUUUGUCCUGAUAUUCCUCAACAUGCUGACAAUGGGCAUUGAGCAUUACAACCAGCCUCAUGCUAUCUUCUUUGUACUUGAAGUGAGCAAUGCAUUCUUCACUACAGUGUUCGGGUUGGAGGCAAUUGUGAAGAUCAUUGGGUUGAGGUUCCACUAUUUCACAGUACCAUGGAACCUGUUUGACUUCCUGCUGGUUGUAGCAUCAAUCCUUGGCAUCUUGAUGGAGGAUAUUAUGAUCGACUUUCCUGUAUCACCUACUCUGCUCAGGGUCGUGCGUGUCUUUCGUAUUGGACGCAUACUACGUCUCAUAAAGGCAGCAAAAGGCAUCCGGAAACUGCUGUUUGCGUUGGUGGUCUCAUUGCCAGCUCUCUUCAAUAUUGGUGCAUUGCUGGCCCUUAUAACUUUCAUAUAUGCCAUCAUUGGCAUGUCUGUGUUUGGGCAUGUCAGGCAGCAGGGUGCACUGGAUGACAUGGUCAACUUUGAGACAUUUGGACGGAGCAUGCAGCUCCUCUUCAGGCUGAUGACAUCAGCUGGAUGGAAUGAUGUGUUGGAGUCCUUGAUGGUCCAGCCACCGAACUGUAACCCAACAUACAACAACCAGCCCAAUGGCGACUGUGGCUCCCCCCUCUUGGCGAUCACAUACUUCACUAGUUUCAUUAUCAUCAGUUACAUGAUUGUUAUCAACAUGUACAUCGCUAUCAUACUGGAGAACUUCAACCAGGCACACCAAGAGGAGGAGAUUGGCAUAGUGGAGGAUGACUUGGAAAUGUUUUACAUCCGCUGGUCAAAGUAUGACCCCCAUGCAACACAAUUCAUUCGCUUCACUCAGCUAUCAGACUUCAUUGCCAGCCUUGACCCUCCUCUUGGAAUCCCCAAGCCCAACAUUGUAGCUCUGGUGAGCUUUAACUUGCCCAUUGCCCGUGGAAACAAGAUCCACUGCCUAGACAUCUUGCACUCACUUGUAAAAUAUGUACUGGGACACGUUGAGGAGACUGAAGACUUCAGGAAGCUGCAAGAUCAGAUGGAUAUCAAAUUCAAGAAACAAUUCCCAACCAGGAAGGAGCUUGAAAUUGUGUCAUCUACACGCAUCUGGAAACGACAGGACAAAGCAGCAAGAACCAUACAGGCAGCAUUCAGAGAAUAUAUCAGGUUGAAGCGAGAGAGAGAGCGGGAGCCUCUGGACCUGGAGGACGAAAUGACACAGACGUCAAGUCCAGGUGGAUGGCAAAGCCGCCUGUCAGCAUUCCUUCACGUCCAUCGUGGCAGUCGGGCUUCAUCCCGUAAGUCCUCCCGCGCUUCAGAUGCGAGUGAUCUGUCAGAACUAGGAGGAGCAUGGCUCAAUUUGCCACUGCUCUUCCUGUCAGGAGCACACCAGAGUCAGACAGAGGACCAUGAGGAGCCUGCGCAAGCCAAUGGCAAUGGUAAUGUGUGCAUCAUGGUCAGCGAGCCAUCUCCUGACACUGGACCUUUUUCCACUGAGGAACCAAAACAGGGCAGCAGCUUAGUCCUGCCGCUCAGUAUGAAAGAUGAAUUGCAAAAGCCGUUAAAUAGUGGUGAUGUGAGCAUUUUAGUUACAGAGGCCUCACCAGAGGCAGUCACCAUGCCGUGUGAGGAGGAGAGACCUAGUCAUACAUCUCAGACAAGUAAUAGAUCCCAAGAAUCUGAUGACAGGAAAACUGUGUCUGGCUUAGAAACUGCUUUAUCAUCAGGGACAAGCACUGCGGCCUUGGACAGGCAUCCGUUAGGACUGCUGAGACCUGUAGGGACUGUGCUCUCCUUGUUUCCCAUGCAGUUAGGGAGUGUCAAUGAUACAUAUAGUGUGCCACGAAAACCAGCAUCCGAAGCUGUUACAGGCCCUGUGGACAUGCACCCAGUCCGAGUGAGACCAGGCACUGGGCUUUCAUUGCCUCCGUCAGAUCCUAGUAUGAGCAGAAAGGUGGCCAAGUCCUCGCCUGAACGGCGACGCGCUAGACUGCGGCGAAGACGAUCAAGUGAUGCCACAUUGGUGCAAGUUCUGGUGCACAGGGAGUCUGAAGAAUCAACUGAUGACAAAGGAAGCUGAUGAGUCACAGAUUAGGUUAUCACUUGUUGCACAGCUCCCUUCCGUGAAACGAGGGGGUAGCUACCACUCCUUGUGAUCACUGUUCCGAUAUACACGUUGUUGACCCCUGCACACACAUGCCCAAAAUUUCCACAUGCGAACGUAAAUGCAAUAAUAUUAGUAAUAGAUCUGGAGUCGGAUGUGCAACUUUGGGCGUGCUUGUGUUCAGGGUUUUAAUUGCACCGUUCCCAGGGUGCGUGUUAUAGGUAGAGAUGCACUGUACCUGGAUACUCGUAAAGUGGACCAAGAUGGAAAUACUGUUUGUUAUGAACCAGUGUGAGCCUCGUUCAGAGAGGUGAGUUAUGGCUGUGUCAAGAGAAACCUUUAUAUGUGGCAUCAUACAUACACUCAUGUGGCAUAAGUUAGUCAAUUAUGGCAGGUAUAAAAUUAUAGUCAAUUUACAGAGUUGAUUCCUUUAAUCUCUUAACUCUCAAUUUGUACAAUCAAAAGGACCCCAUUUUACUAUGCUUCAACUGUAUGACUCAGAAGCAUGGGCCCCAAUAUUUUAAUGUGUAUUAACACAUUCACUGCUAGUCCCGUCACCUGACAAAUUUAAGUGUACUGUGUUCCAGUGCCAGUCCUGUCAAGUGACAGGCUCUUGCCAGUGUGUAAAUAAAGGCUACUUGCUCCUACACAUGUCACUCAAAUGCAGAGAAACUUUAAGUAUAGUUUGUAAAAGCUAGGAAGAAUGGAAAUGUACAAUUUUCCACUUGUUCUCUUCUAUUUCUGCUUCAGAUGUAUGUUCAGAAUCCAAUUUUCACUGAAAAUGGAUUGGUCAAGCAAGUAAAAUCCCAGUUUGGAAGCUUGGCAGUGAAUGCAUCAAGAAAGACAUUGCAAACAUAUCCACAAUUAUAGACGGGAAUUUCCCUUGGUUUCUUACUUUUCUGACAUGUUGCAGACGUGACUUCAUACAACCUGACAACAUGGGACCCAUGAUUUUGGUCGUCUAGACUUCACAGGCAGAUACCAAUGUAUUUUUUCUUAAUGCUCAAAUCCUUCCUUUCAAAUAUACUUCAUGUUUUGAAUUUAACUACUUCUUAUCAAUCCAUUGCUACAUUUAGGAACAGAGCCAGUGAGUGAUUGAAAAUGAAAGACUUCAGCUUCUCCUGGUUGUGAGCAUAUUGUACAUUUAGCUACACAAAUUGAUUGUGUCUGCUAAAAUUAUUUUAAUGUUGGUACAAACUGUAAAUAUAAUUAGCAUUUUUUUUUUUUUGUUAAACUUAUAGAAUGAUGUCAGACUGGUCCUGGCAUAUUAUAAACAUGGGGAUCUGAGCCCCUCAAGAUGCUUUCCAUAAUUCAUUUUGCCCACCAUCAGCAUUGACAAUAUUGUUAUUAUAUUGUAUAAACUUGAUUAAAAUCGAAGGCCUACAUAGUUAUAAAGUUUUUACCAUGGCAUAUAUUGUGCUAGUUGCAUAGAACUGUUGUGGAAUUCAGCUGUGAUGCGCUGUGACUUCCAGAACAGAGCUGUUGUUUUCUUGACAGUACUUUAGGAAUCUAGUGAGAAGAUAGAAAAAACAGUGUCAUCAACAAUAAAAUUUAUUUUUAUUUUAGAUAUUAAAAGCAAACUUGUAUUCUUAACAGUAAAUUAUUCCAUUUUUCAAUACAGGUGUCUGUAAUUUGAUUAACUACUCCUAUCUUCUGACUUGACUUCUAGAGGUCAAGGUAAUGUGUGAAGUUUCUAAUCUAGUCUGCUGAAGCAUUAAAUAAAGACUAUAAAUCUGAAA